AUGGCCCCGCCCCCUUCCCUUCCGGAGUGGGUCGGGGGAAAUGCAGCGGCGUCUGUGGGGGUGCUGGACAGCCCGGGCAAACUGAAGACACAUGAGGAUCUGCCACAGAUCAAAACCUGGGAGGUCUUGUACAGAUUGAUUUUCAAAGGCUAUCUCAAUCAUCUGCACGAGCUUCAGAUAUAUGAGAAACAGAUAUAUGGACCCAUAUAUAAAGUGGCCACUGGCAGCCUUUACUCAAUAGCAUUGAACAGUGUGGAGCUGGUUGAGGAGCUACUCAGGAAGGAUGAGAAGUUCCCUUCUCGUGGAGACAUGAGUCUCUGGACUGAGUAUCGAGACAUGAGAGACAUCGGCUAUGGCCCCUUCACAGAAGAGGGGGAGAAGUGGUACAGACUGAGAGCUGUGCUCAACAAGCGCAUGCUACACCCCAAGGACUCGGUGCAGUAUGCAGGCGUUGUCAAUGAGGUUGUUACUGACUUUAUCAAGAGAAUAUACCACCUACGCAAGGCCAGUCCAACAGGGGAUCUAGUGACAAAUCUCUCCAAUGAGCUCUACCGUUUCUCUCUUGAGGGAAUCUCAUCUAUUCUCUUUGAAACUCGGAUUGGGUGUUUGGAAAAUGAAAUCCCAAAGGAGACUCAGGAUUUCAUCGACUCUAUCGCCCAAAUGUUUACCUACAGCAUGCCUGUGGUGCUUAUGCCCAAGUGGACACGUAACAUCCUGCCACUUUGGGAUCGUUACAUUAGAGGUUGGGAGGGCAUCUUCAAAUUUGCUGGACAGCUAAUAGACAUAAAGAUGGAGGCCAUUCAGAAGCGUGUGGACACAGACCAAGAAGUGGACGGAGAGUAUCUGACCUACCUGCUCUCCAACACCAACAUGACCAAUAAAGAGGUGUAUGGAAGCAUUGCUGAGCUGCUUUUGGCUGGAGUAGACACGACCUCAAACACCAUGAUGUGGACACUGUAUCAGCUCUCUCGAGAACCUGAAGUUCAAGACACUUUAUAUCAAGAGGUGAACCAUUGUGUUAAAGGAGAUGGCAUUCCUACUGCCCAGGAUGUUACAAAUAUGCCUUAUCUUAAGGCUGUCAUCAAGGAAGCUCUCAGGAUGUACCCAGUUGUACCAAUGAAUGCUCGGCGCAUGUCCGAAAAAGACAUAACUAUCGGUGGCUAUUUUUUCCCAAAGAAGACAGCUUUCACAUUAUGCCAUUACUCCAUCUGCCAUGAUGAAAAAGUAUUCCCUGAACCUUCAAAGUUCAAACCAGAGCGUUGGUUAAGGGAUGGAAGAACCCGGCCAAAUCCCUUUGGCUCCAUUCCCUUUGGCUUUGGGGUGAGAGGCUGUGUGGGCCGGCGCAUAGCAGAGCUGGAGAUGUACCUCGCUCUGGCAAGGAUCAUCAAGCUGUUUGAAAUCAGACCAGACCCUAGUAUUGGUGAUGUGAAAGUCAUCAAUCGCACUGUGCUGGUAGCAGACAGACAAGUGAACCUGCACUUUCUGGAAAGGAAUGGUAACAUUGUACUGUGAUUCUUUUUGCAGAAUUGAUGAUGACAAUCAAAAAAGAUUGCUACACUUGUUUGUAACAUCUUCUCAGUGCUACUGUGAAAAGAGCUUCCUGUAUAUUAUAUCACAUACAGUAUAUUUUUUAUAGCACCGAUUUGCAUGUGUAGGUGUAUACAAAGCAACCUGAAGCUUGUUAAUGCCCUGAACCUAUAAGUGGCUAAGAGACCGUCAAAUGUAAAUGCACUACAGUUUGCAUGAGGUCAAAUUAUUAUGAGAUACUGUAUAAGGCAUUUUGUAUUUUGAAUAGAUUUGACAUAUAUUUUUCCACAUUUAUUGUUGUAGGUUGUAUUUCCUACAUAUGUUUAAGAGCUGGUGUGAUCAAACCCUGGCACAUGGAAUGUAUAGUUACAGUAAUACAGUAAAUAAUACAGUAUGUAGUAUAUAUGGGACACAAUACAUACGUUGAAUUGAAGUUAAAAUUAAGUGAACAUUAUUUUUUGCCCCCUACAAGAUAAAGUAAUUCAUUAUAUGGUGAUUUGUAAAUCUUUUCUGGUAAUCUUUAAAUAAACU